UCUCAGCAGCAGUGAAGGCAAAACAAGAGAGAAGGAUGGGUUUUAAAUGCUAAUGCUUGUAUUUUUUCUCCUUUUAAUAUAUCCUUUUAGGUCUGAGGUGCAUUGAGAGCAUUGUACUUUUAGAAACGUGAUGAUCGACGACUUCGAAACUCAUGCGGUCCGAUCUAGUGGAGAUCUGUGGACUGAGAUCUGCUCCAGUCUGCCAGAGCCUCAGGAACAGGAUGGUGGACAAUUUACAGACUCAUUUGAGCCUUCCUCUCCAGGUAACCCUCAGACCAACUCUCCCAGAGCUUCUUUCAGCCCCUGGGAACCAAUGGCUGACUCUGAGGUUUACAUUGCCAGUUUAGAAAAUCGAUUGAAAAGGAUCAAGGGACAAUCGAAUGACGUAACAUCAAGGGAAAUGCUCCGUUCCUUGUCCCAGGCUAAAAAGGAAUGCUGGGAUAGAUUCCUUCAUGAUGCCCAAACCUCAGAACUGUUCCAGGAAGGGAACUUCGAUCAGAGUGCUUUGGAGCAGUUCAAGCGCUGGCUGUCUCCUGAAAGGGUGGCCAUCAACGCAGAAGAGCUGGAGUACCUUCUCUUGCCCACACAGAACAGUGAGGCUCCUGCCAGCUCAACCCAAACUGACAAGCCAAGUGAGGAGGAAGAGUGCCCAAGCCCAGAGAAAUAAACUUAUCACAGCAUUAACCUGUUUGCUGUACUGACCAACAGUGCUAGGAGAACUAAGAGUAUAUGGGGUCUUGUUGUGGACAGCAACUAAAUAUUGUGAUCCAUUAAAAGGAUUAGUUCACUUCCAGAAUAAAAAUUUCCUGAUAAUUUACUCACCCCCAUGUCA